CCCCCCACCUCGUCUUGUUGCUCUGAAGAUGUGGAGGCGGCAAACGGUCAGAUCGCUGACUCCCUGGUCCCCUGUGUGAGGACAAAUCCGAAUUCAGUCCCCCUCACUCACUCACUCAGUCUCACUCUGUCCGGAACCCAACAUCUGGCCAGCUGCUGCUCUCAGACCAUCCGCACCACCGUUAUUGUCAUUCGGACACUUCUCCAGCCUCCCAUGAGUGGCGAUUCCCAGCCUUAACAAGCCAAGUGCAGAGAGACACAGAGGAUACCCGAGUGCACAGUCCGAUCCCAUUGCACAGCCCAGGAGGACAGAUGCAUUUUCGACUGUUUUCACUUGCGCUGGUUCUCCUAAACUGUAUGGAUAAUGGGCACAGCCUGAAUAACCGAGGGAGGAGGACCAGGAGAGCAAACACUGGACCAUAUCCAAUUUGUAAGGGCUGCCUACUUUGUUCCAAGGACAAUGGGUGUCUUAGCUGCCAACAGAAAUUAUUCUUCUUCCUCCGGCGACAAGGGAUGCGUCAGUAUGGAGAGUGCCUGCACUCCUGCCCCUCAGGGUAUUAUGGUGUCCGUGCACCUGAAAUGAACAGAUGUGCAAGAUGUAAAAUAGAUAAUUGUGAUACAUGUUUCAGCAAAGAUUUUUGUACAAAGUGCAAAGCUGGCUUCUACUUACACAAAGGCCGAUGUUUUGAAGAAUGCCCCGAAGGGUUUGUACUAUUGCAAGAGCACAUGGAAUGUGUGGAUGGGUGUGAGGUAGGACCAUGGAGCAACUGGGGAACAUGUAUAAAGAACAACAAAACGUGUGGCUACAAAUGGGGGCUUGAAACCAGGACACGACAAAUUGUGAAAAAGCCAGCAAAGGACACGAUACCCUGUCCAACUAUUGCAGAAUCCAGGAGAUGUAAAAUGGCAAAAAGGCACUGUCCAGGAGAGCGAAAGCAGAAGAAAUCAAAAGGCAAGGGUGACAACAAGAGGAAGAGGAAGAGGGCCAGACCCAGAGAUCACAAACAAUAUGUCGUCCUUCAAGCUACAGAGAACACUGACCAGUAAAAGGACAAACCCAUUUAUUUACAAAAAGUGCAUCAAGACCCUCCACCCUCCUCCACACCACACACUCGGCAGUGCUGCUGUUUUUGACAAUAUCAGUGGCAAGUAAGGAGAGAGAGAGAGAGAGAGUGCACGAGCUUUGUUUUAUUUAGACAUUUUUUUGUUGUUUCCCCCAUUUGACCUGAAUGGAAUGAGUUCAGCACGUCGAUGAUUUUUACAAAGGCUGGUGGAGAUAGAUUGGUUCGGAAAGCUGCCGUUAAAAUGAUAACUUAGAUAAAACAACAGCAACACAGGAAAACCCCCAUAAAUCCCUGCUUGAAUAGCUGCAGAAACGUGGAGAAUGGGACUUGUUCCGUCUAUUUAUAUGAAAGAAGACAUUCUAACACAGGAAGAGGACUGUUCAUUUAAGGCGUUUAUGUUUUCUUUUAUCAUACAUUCCAAAAAGACCAUCCCCAGAUGUAUGAUGACAUGCGGAGUUCCAAUGUGUAAUCUUCAGCACAAGUUCUAGUGACAGUCGCUGAAAUAAAAUGCUUUAAAGGCUGUAACUGUAUAACUACAAGAAACGAAUAUCUCCUCGUUGCUUGACUGGCAUGUACACUGUGCUGAGUCUACCCAUAAUAAACCUAUUUACUGUA